AUGCAGUUCUUGUACAUCUUCUCUGCUAUUGCCCUCAUCUCCGGCGCUCUUGCCUCCCCCGUCAACCAGGCUCGCGAUGAGAACACUGUCCUCGGAUACAAGGAACCCUGCAAGGCCGACGGCAGCAUCGGCUACUGUGACGCAGGCUACUACUGCAAGGCAGACAUCACCGAGGGUACCGGCAAGUGCUGCACCGAGGGUGCUGGCUGGGCCAUGUGCUAA